CCGGGGCCAUGCGAUGCUCCUGCAGCCCCAACCGGGUUUGCACCGCUCCCUGCAGGAGGAGGCAGGGACCUGGCUUGGCAGCUGCGAGCAGGAUCCGGCCGAGCCCGAGCUGAGCAUGCCAGAGCCAGCGCCGCUCGGCGGGGACAAGAGAGCAGCGGAGAAGAAAAGAGUGGAGAAGGUGGCAGCCAAGGGCAGCACUGCUGGGCCUCCAGUCCCCAAGAGCCUCCCGGUGCAGAGGAAGGUGGAGCCCCCCAGCCUGGACCCCGCAGAGGAGCCACUCCUCUGGGAAGGGCUCACCCUCAACAAGUGCAUCCUGGUGGCCUCCAUCGUUGCCCUGCUCAGUGUCACCUUCCAGGUGCUCCAAGCACCAUGCUCCAGGGAAGCAGUCAGCCGUGGCAGGCAGGACCCUCCAGCACCUCCCCUGCACGAGGUGGUCAUUGCCAAGGAGAAGGAGGUGGUCCAAGAAGUGGUGACUGCUCAGCCUGCCCAGCCAGCCAGCAGCACACUCCAGGACGGUGAUGAUGAUGAUGAUGAUGAUGAAGAUGACAGCGAUGAUGACAGAGUUGCUGACAGCAACUUGGCGGAGCCCUGGAUCUUCAAGAAGUGGUUUGGCCGCUCGGCACCAGAGGAUGAGGAUGAGGAUGAGGAGGCUGUGGACAAGGAGCCUGUGGAUGAGGAGGCUGAAGAUGAAAAGCCCGGGGAUGAAGAGUCCACAGAUGAAGAACCCACGGCCAAAGAGCCCACAGAGGAAGAGCCUACAGAUGAGGAACCUGCAGGUGAAGAACCUGCGGAGAAAGAGUCUGAGGAGGAAGAGCCCGAGGAGGAAGAGCCCGAGGAGGAAGAGCCCGAGGACGAAGAUGAAGAACCCACAGAUGUCCCCGAAGCACCACCAGCUGCAAGAGAGGUGAAGAAAAGCAGGGAGAAGGUGAAGGUGGAGAAGAAGGUGGAGAGGAAGGUGGAGAGGGUCCGGGAGCGCCGCGCAGCGCAGGCGGAGCGCAGCGGCCGGCGGCAGGCAGCAGCCAAGGACAAGACGCAGAGGGACAGAGCCGGCAGAGCCCCCAGGGCCCCCCGGGAGCCGGAGCCGCAGAAGAAGCGAGGCAGGGAGAGGAGGGAGAGCCGCCGGGAGCGGGCUGAGCCCAGGAGGGAGGCGGGGAAGGGCCGCCCGGGCCGGGCCGAGGCGGGCAGGGAGAGCUCCAAGCGGGACUGGCGGCAGCAGAAGGGCAGCAGGAAGCCCUGGGAGCCGGCAGCCAGCCUGGGCAAGGACCCUGCCCGGCCCCGGGAGGGCAAGAGGCGCGACUGA